AUGGUCAGCACGCGCUCCGCUUCGCGCCCUGCCACGUCGGACGGCCCCGACGACGUCCCUUCCCCCACAACACCGCCGAAAAGCGUCAAACGACGUCCAGGCCGACCGCCGGCGUCGGCCAAGGUGACGCGUCGAGCGAGCAGGUCAUCGACGACGACGACCACCACCACCACCACAACAGCAGCAACGUCGCCCACCCGCCGCGCCACGAGGAGGAAAAGGGCCGCCCCGACGACCUGGCAGCAUGCGCCCAACUCGCUCCUCCUCGCCUGGCUCGCCAUCUCCCUGCCGCUCGUCGUCUGGGACACGGGGUACGUCCUGCUCCGUCCCCACACCAUGGACGGCGGCAGCCUUCACUGGCCUCUCUGGGUGCCCUACCGGCUGUACGGCGCCGUCGACCACGUGUACGGCUGGAAGGCCUUUCGUUCGGGCAGCGGAUUCACCGGUGCCGUCGGCCUCAUGAACGCCGUCGAGAUCGCCAUGUACCUCUACUACCUCUGGGCUCUGUGCCCCCGCUCCGAGGGCUCCGUCGCCGCCGCCGGACGCUGGAGAGCCGUGACGGGCCAUGCCGGUGCCGUCGCCGUCGCCGUCGGCUUCGCCGCUGCCGUCAUGACCCUCAGCAAGACGGCUCUCUACUGUGAGCGCCCGCCCCGCUCGAGCAACGAUACGGCCCCUACCUCCCUACCUUGGCUCCUCCUGCCUCGUUCGCUGCUAACGCGCUCGGUUGCUGCAGGGCUUCACGAGUACUACAGCGGCUUCGACAACAUUGCCCACAACUCCCUCGCUCGCCUCAUCUUCUACUGGAUCAUCCCCAACGGUGCCUGGCUCGUGGGCCCGGCGUACAUGGUCUGGUGUCUGGGCGGCGACAUCGUCGACGGGCUCGAGGCGGCGUCGGGGCACGCUGCCGACGAUUGA